CCACUGCCUGCCUGCCCUCAGCCUUGGCCACACGUCCGUCUGCUUCUGGUCCGCACAGGUGGGGAGAGCAGAAGCAUCAUGUUAGCUGUGUACUUCGACCAGCCUGGGGGCCCCGAAAACCUGUACCUGAAGAAGGUAGCCAAGCCGGAGCCGGGGCCGGGAGAAGUGCUGCUCAAGGUGGCUGCCAGCGCCCUGAACAGGGCUGAUGUGCUGCAGCGGCGUGGCCAGUACAGCCCACCAGCGGGGGCCAGCAACAUCCUGGGCCUGGAGGCGUCCGGUCGGGUGGCUGAAGUUGGUCCAGGCUGCCGGGGGCCGUGGAAAGAAGGGCUCCCAGUGAUGGCUCUACUGGCUGGGGGGGGCCAGGCCGAGUACGUCGCCGUCCCUGAAGGCCACCUCAUGCCCAUUCCCAACGGGCUGACAUUCACGCAGGCGGCAGCCAUCCCCGAGGCCUGGCUCACAGCCUUCCAGCUGCUCCAUGUCGUAGGCCAAGUAAAGGCUGGGGACACUGUGCUGAUACAUGCCGGAUCUAGCGGUGUGGGCACAGCUGCUGUCCAGCUGGCUCGCCAGGCCGGAGCUGUCCCUCUGAUCACUGCCGGGUCCCAGGACAAAAUUGAGGCCGUGGAAAAGCUUGGGGCAGCUGCUGGCUUCAACUACAAAGAAGGGGAUUUUUCGGCUGCAACGCUGGAGUUCACUCAGGGGGCUGGGGCCAAUAUCAUUCUGGACUGUAUCGGUGGGUCCUACUGGGAGAAGAACGUGGCCUGCCUGGCCCCCGAUGGCCGCUGGGUGCUCUAUGGCCUGCUGGGGGGUGCCGAGGUCCAAGGGGAGCUUCUCUCCCGGCUCCUGGCUAAGCGAGGGAGUCUCCUUACAAGCUUGCUGAGAUCCCGAGACAAGAAGUACAAAGCAGAGCUGGUGGCAGCCUUCACCCAGCAGAUCCUGCCCCACUUUGACCAGGCCAAGCCGGGGGCGCUGCGGCCAGUGGUGGACACGGUGUACCCGCUGCGGCAGGUUGCUGAUGCCCACUUGUACAUGGAGCAGAACAAGAACCUGGGCAAGAUCGUCCUGGAAGUGGCCUCCGGCCCCUGAGCUGCACAAUAAAGGAGUCUCUUCCCUCAGAGAUGGGCUCUCGGCACUUUCCU